AUGAACUCUGCUUCAUCUGCCGAUGCUCCACCCCCGGGGUCCUAUGACGUGGCCGAGGCUUUCGAGAAGAGCCAGGUGAAGCCCACCAUGGCCAAGCCCAGGUCACAGGCCGCCCAGCGCAAGCAGACGUCUUUCUUGUCGGCCGCCACAAGGUUUGCCCCGCCCCGAGAUGUCAUCGUCCGGCAACCGGACAAAGAGAAUCCAGGUCCGGCGUCGUACAACACGGACAGGGAGACACUGAACAAGAAGGCGGCCCUCAUCAACACCAGGGAUAAACGUUUCAGGGACGACAAGGAAGACUUUCCCGGACCAGGGGCGUACGAGCUCUCCCCCCUGAUUCAGGACACGGUGCUGAUCGGAACGUUUAACCACACCCUCAACAACCCCGUCGUGCCCCCUCAGGGCGCGCCCCGCACCACGACCAACACCAAGCACCCCUUCCUUCUUGGAGUCUGAGUCGUGUGACGCCCCCCGCGGGAGUCACCCACGUGAUCAAUGUUUACCUUUGUUGUUUACACUUUCAUCCGAUGUGAUAAAAAAAAAGUUUACAAAAGAAAAUUAUUUUAUCCAUCACAGCAAUAGUGAUAAAAAAUUUCACUAUAUUUUUAACGUGCUAACGCAAAAACUGGUUUUAUAUAUACCCACGUAUAUAUUAACCAUUUUUUAGCGUUCUCGAGCAUGUUGUUGUAAAUAAUUAUAUGGUGUAAAUAACUCGUAUGACUUAAAUCCAUAUUAAAUAGCCUACUUUAAGCUAAAAUCAAAUGUAAAGUGUUAGAUAAUAUAAGGUAAUAUUUCCCCCAAGUAAAUGAGAAUAAACUGAAAUAUCCGCAAUAUUUAUAUGAUGCAUCUGCAUGCACCGUUUUAAAAAGCGGUCAAAUGGGCUAGCAUUAUUCUGUUUCAAUUGCCCACGAAUUUGUCUACAGCCCCUUUAGUGGUCGUUGGAGCUAGAGGCGUUUUUCAGGCUGUACCACUGAGGUUUGAACUUUAGCCUAGUGGUUUGGUACCUUGCGUUGGAUAGCUUGACCACUCGGCUCGUAUUAUGUAUAGCCUCACAAAAUUUCAAACUAAAAUCAUAUUUGUUUUAUAAAUAUCUUUUAACAAAGCAAAUGUUACUCACUGUUGUUUUUGAGGGUUUUUUUUUAAAUAUAGAUGUCUUCUUACGACACAGUAUUAGUAACUUGAAGUAAUAUUUUCAUCUGUAGUGGGUGUCCGUGAUG